CAACACCAAACAUCCAACCCAUACAUUGCAAUACAUCCUCAAAAUAUUAAUCAUGCUAGCUUCAAAAUCAUCAUACGAUAACUCUCAUGACAUUCGCAUUCAUCGCUUUAAUGACGCUCUCGAUAAAUUCCUGGAACUGAUUGAUGAAAGAGCAACGAACAAGAACUUUCAGACUGCAUUACCCCAUCUAGAUGCAAAUUUGUUGGAUAGCGCCCGCAAGCAAUUUGUCUUUCACUUGAAAGAUGCCAUAAAGAUGGAAAAAGAUCGUCUGGUGGACAGCUAUACCUUACGCGACAGAUUGGCAGAGCUAGAAUAUCUUACACAAGAAGCAGAUAGAAGGAACGAAGAAGCCAGACAGAGAGGUGUAGCCACAUCAACCUUGUACAAAGACGCAUGGCGUUCGAAUAUGGACUUGAAUACAACCCUACGAGCACCAGAGAUUCCACAAAGACGACAAAGGCUAACGGAAAUGGAAGAAGAAUGGGAAAUGCUAGAACAAGAAAUUGCAGAAGAGAGAAUCAAACUGCAAAAAAGUGUUGAGCUGGAAGAGCAAAGGAGGAAUGCAGCUAGACAGGCUUUGAAUUCUUUGGAUGAGACGUUGAACGGAUUGCAAACGUCCAAGAAUGAAGAAGUGAGAUUGCAUAGUACUUUGAAUAUGCUCAUGCAGGGUUUGGGACCUCGUGGAAUAGCUUGACGUUAGACCACCUGCCGAAUUCUUUUGUAUUCUACUGUAUUUCUAGCUGUGUUAAUUGGUAUACCCUUGCUGCGAGUCGGCG